AUGGAAACACGCGUUACUAGUUCAAUUUACUCCGUACAAUAUACAUCCAACAAUAAAGGAAAAAUACCAGCAUUACCCGAACCAUUAGGUCAUGUUGGAUGUACAAUGAAUAAAACACAUAUUAUUGUUGUUGGCGGAGUUAAUCGAGACAUGCAAAUGCAGAAUCACUGUUACACAUUUGACAAGCGAACAGUGCAAUGGACACGUAUUGCCAAUAUUUUUGAUAAAUAUGCUCUACCAAGUUUAGCAAUAACGUCGGAUGGUGAAAUAAUUUAUGCAAUAGGCGGUCUUGAUAUGUUAGCUACCGUACCAACGGCAAGUGAAGCCGUAUUUAAAUAUGAAAAGUCAAAAAAUAGGUGA